UUUUGAAGAUAAAAUAGUAAAAGAAACAUGUCUGCGACCAUGGAAGUAGCACCUGUCCGUGUAAAGCUUUUGUUUAAUAAUCUUCCUCUGGAAAGUUCAUGGGUUUUAGUAAAAACAAAAAAGUAUCCCAAAGUAAAAGAAUUUAUUUCCUACAUUAAGCAAAAGUUCAUGCCCGAAGAAAAUGGGUCUUUGUCUAUCUUUGUCAAUAGCUGUAGAGUCCCGGAGUGGGAAAAAUCCUGCAUAUUUCGUGAAGAUGACGCUGUACAUUUGUAUUUCAAAGAGUCAGAGCACACUUCUGAUCGGUUGACUACAUUAGAGCAGGGUGAUCAAUCAAAUACAAAUAAAAUAGAAUUGCGAAGUAAAAAGAAGAAAAAGAAGAAGGAGAAAUCCACACUAGAACACAGUGAGAACACAGAAAGAAAUCAUGAAGAAAUGGACACCUGCAAGUCUGAUGAUGACCACCAUCAGGCCAGUAAGAAACGCAAAAUGUCGACCGAAAAUCACGCGAUCGCUGUGUGCAAUGUGGAAUCAGAGUCGGUGAAAAGUUCUGACCAAAUAGUGGACGCAAUUCCUUCCAACAAAAGAAAGCGCACUAGAAAGCGAAAAAAUCGUCAAGAGAAAACAGAGAUCCCAGUGAUUAGCAGCACAAAGCCAGUUAAUGUUAGGCCCCUCAAACACCAUGCAGAUAUGUCGGGGAACCUGCACAUCAAGUUCACAUCAGACAAUGAGGAGGAAGAGUCGUGCUCAACAUUUGAUGUCACCAGGACACAGCAAGACUUUGUACAGCGGGAGGACCAGCUAACACAGAGAACCAGCACACCCGUGUAUCACAAAAGUCAAAUGACAGAAGUCACGUACAGUGACAGUCCUCCCAGAGUAAAGACACCGGCCAUGUCACAGUCAGUUCUAGCCAAUGGAGUGACGGUGUUUUCUCGACCGAGAAGUCGGCAGAUUAAGACCAGUGAUUUCAGAGAACUGACCAAAGAGGAACAACUAAGUACUAGGCUGACCAAUAGGUCCCUUGUGUUACAAAACAAUGGUCAGACUAAUGGACAAGGAGAUGGUCCUGAUCCUCCAUCGAUGGACAGUCCGGAGAGCUCACUGGUCAAGGAGGCCCCAGUCAUCGCAAUCCCUGUACGUCGGGAAUACCAACAGUUUCCACUUCUCCAAGGCAACCCAAGUCCUGGUGAUUUCAUAGCAUUCAAGGUGCUGGAAAUGUCUGAAAAUUACACCCCAGAAGUUGGAGAUUACAAGGAGGCCAGUGUUAUCAGUUUUAACAGCUCGUCCCAGAUUGUUGAAUUAAACAUCAUCCCGGGCUUCUCUAGAGAAAAAAGGGCAGGAAAGUUUGAUGUGGACCUUGAAGAUGAAGAGACUGAGAAGAAUGCAGAGGAAAAUAACAUUGAGGUUCACCCUUUAACCUCUAUGAUGGAAGUGAGGUUAAUCACAUGAACAAAUUAUUUUUCAAACCAGAAUAAUAUUGACCUCACACUACGAUCCAAUCAUUGACAAAACCUGUGAGAGUAUUGCUGUAUAAUGUGUACAUACUGAAAUUAAAUUUGAAAUAAAAUAAUGCAUUUUA